GCGCAGGAUAUGCGUCGUGUGGCGCGAGGUAGAGGCGCGCUGUUUGGGGUGUCUGGGUGCCGCUCUCGCGGCGUGGUCGCGGUGAGGGCGUCAUGUCAGACAACGAGGACAACUUUGAUGGUGACGACUUUGAUGAUGUCGAGGAGGAUGAAGGACUAGAUGACUUGGAAAAUGCUGAGGAGGAAGGACAGGAGAAUGUGGAGAUCCUCCCUUCUGGGGAGCGACCGCAGGCCAACCAGAAGCGCAUCACCACCCCAUACAUGACCAAGUACGAGCGAGCCCGCGUGCUGGGGACCCGAGCGCUGCAGAUCGCGAUGUGCGCCCCAGUGAUGGUGGAGCUGGAGGGCGAGACGGAUCCACUGCUUAUCGCCAUGAAGGAGCUCAAGGCCCGGAAGAUCCCCAUCAUCAUCCGCCGCUACCUGCCUGACGGGAGCUAUGAAGACUGGGGGGUGGACGAGCUCAUCAUCACCGACUGACUGGGGACGCCUCUGGCUCGCCUCCGCCUGCUUCUAGCCUCACUUUAUACGCGUACAUAAUAAACUGUUUAACCCC